AUGAACUCUGAGAAGAAACCUGCAGUAUACGAUCCCUACGAUCCGGCCGGUCUCCCUGACAACGACCGCGAUUUCAUUCAAGCCGAUGAACUCGAACGAUUCGAAAGGGCGCUAAAUGCCCCCGAAGCAUCCCCACUGGUGGCCAUCAAUGAUUGGCGCCCAAUCAAUCAGAAAGUCCGCAAGACCCGUGGCCGUCGCAAAACACCCAAGCGGAGCAAGGAUGAGACGAGAGAAGGAGUGCUAUAUUCUGUCUUGAAAUGGCCCUUCCUCUUCAUCGUAUUCGCGUGGAUCCUGGUACUGAGCAUCUGCUAUGUGCUGGUGCGCGUCUAUAUAAUUGUCUAUGAGCAGUGUGUCACAUGGCGGGGAAAGAGAGAACGACUGCGCCGAGAACUAUCUGCACAGAAAAAUUACCCGGACUGGCUGAAAGCGGCUCAGGCAUUGGACGUCCACCUCGGAACCGAAAAAUGGAAAAAGACCGAUGAAUACGCUUACUACGAUCAUCUCACCAUCAAUAAAGUGGUAUCACAGCUGAGGAAAGUGAGAAAGGACGCAGAGUGGGAAUUGGAAAAUGGCCGAGUCGGCUCCAGCGAAGUCCCCGCUAUUGAGGAUCUUCGCGCACUAUUGGAGGCUUGCGUCAAAAACAACUUUGCCGGGGUGGAAAAUCCUCGGAUAUACAGUGAGACCUACUCGGGGACUAAGGAGCUGGUCCAGGAAUACAUUGAUGAGGUGCACGCAUGCAUACAAAUCGUUCUGGAGAAUAAGCAGAUCGACAAUGAUUCCAAAUAUCAACUCUUCAAACACCUUGAUACGAACUUCGGACGUACCGCCCUUUGUCUCUCAGGUGGAGCUACCUUCGCUUACUACCACUUUGGGGUUGUCAAGGCGCUGCUAGAUAAUGAUGUCCUUCCAGAAAUCAUCACUGGCACAUCAGGCGGUGCACUAGUAGCAGGACUGGUUGCGACUCGGACAGAUGAUGAGUUGAAGCAGCUGCUUGUUCCAGCUCUGGCACAUCGGAUUCGUGCAUGCCAUGAAGGGCUGGCGACCUGGAUGCAACGCUGGUGGCGAACUGGGGCUCGUUUCGAUACCCUGGAUUGGGCUCGGCAGUGCGCCUGGUUUUGCAGAGGCUCAACGACGUUUCGGGAAGCUUACGAGCGGACCGGGCGCAUCUUGAACGUCAGCUGCGUACCCUCAGAUCCUCACUCACCGACUAUCCUAGCAAAUUAUCUGACAUGUCCCGACUGCGUCAUCUGGAGUGCCGUGCUUGCUUCGGCGGCUGUUCCAGGAAUUUUGAACCCUGUCGUAUUGAUGACCAAAAAGCGGGAUGGAACUCUCGCGCCUUAUUCAUUUGGACACAAAUGGAAGGAUGGUAGCCUGCGAACUGACAUACCCAUCAAAGCGUUGAAUCUGCAUUUCAACGUCAAUUUUACGAUUGUAUCCCAGGUCAAUCCCCACAUCAACUUGUUCUUCUUUAGCUCUAGAGGAACCGUAGGACGACCGGUCACACACCGAAAGGGCCGUGGUUGGCGCGGUGGCUUCCUCGGCACUGCAAUUGAACAGUACAUCAAAUUGGACCUCAACAAAUGGCUUCGAGUUCUUCGGCAUUUAGAGCUCCUCCCACGACCGCUAGGCCAAGACUGGAGCGAGAUCUGGUUGCAAAAGUUUAGUGGCACUGUCACGAUCUGGCCCAAAAGCAUUCCCUCCGAUUUCAUCCACAUUCUCUCCGAUCCCAGCCCUGAAAGACUCGCCCGCAUGAUACAUGUUGGGCAGCAAAGCGCGUUUUCUAAAAUCCAAUUCGUUCAGAACCGGCUCAAGAUUGAAAAUGCGAUCAUGAAAGGACUCCAAGAAUCCCGAACGGGUGGACGUGCGCUCUCUCCAAUCCUGUCUCGUCGGCUCCGCAGUCAAGAACAUGAACAUGCGGAUGCUAUGAUUGAGCGUCUAGAUGAUAAUCUCCCCGAACGGGAUGGAUCUAACUACAAGGAUGAGUCGCACUUCGACUUGUCGGAUAGUAUGUCCCAAUCAACCGGUUCAUCACGCCCUCAGACCCCGAGUAGCCGGCGAGGAAGCGUGAUCGAGGAAGUGAGACGGCAAUCUGCGGUUUUCUUUGACGAUGUGGAUUAUUUCCGAGACGAGGACGCUGUGGUCAUCUGA